GCAAAGAUGGCGGCCCCGGGCAAACGGAAACUCGGGGCCGCCACUAGCGACAGCGGCGCCGGGUGGAGUAAGCGAGGCUCGGGGGCUGCCGGGCCAGAGGGAAGCGGCCGGGGGCAGCCGCGGUCGCCCUUCGUGGAGGGCUCUAUAGUCAGGGUCACUAUGGAGAAUUUCCUAACAUAUGAUAAUUGUGAAGUGUCUCCAGGACCCCAUUUGAACAUGAUAGUAGGAGCUAAUGGAACAGGAAAGUCAAGCAUUGUUUGUGCCAUUUGUCUGGGAUUGGCAGGAAAACCUUCUUUCAUAGGGCGUGCGGACAAGGUUGGUCUGUAUGUAAAGCGAGGGUGCUCAAAAGGCUUGGUUGAAAUUGAACUGUUUAAGACUCCUAAAAAUCUCAUUAUCACACGUGAGAUUCAUGUAGCAAACAAUGCAUCAGUGUGGUUUGUCAAUAAAAAGCCUUCAACCCUGAAAAUAGUAGAGGAGCAGAUUGCAGCCUUAAAUAUCCAAGUGGGCAAUCUGUGCCAGUUUCUUCCUCAGGACAAAGUUGGGGAAUUUGCAAAACUGUCCAAGACUGAGCUUCUUGAAGCUACAGAGAAAUCAGUUGGCCCACCAGAAAUGUACCAAUUCCACUGUGAACUAAAAAACUUCAGAGAGAGAGAGAGAGAACUUGAGAAUUCAUUGCAAGAGAAAACUAAUUUCUUGGAGAAAAUGAAGCAAAGAAAUGAACGGUAUAAGCAAGAUGUGGAGAGAUACUAUGAACGCAAGCGUCAUCUAGAUUUAAUAGAGAUGCUCGAGAGAAAAAGACCGUGGGUGGAAUAUGAAAACGUUCGCCAAGAGCAUGAGGAGGUGAAACAAAACCGUGACCAUGCAAAGGAAGAAUUAAAAAAACUACAACAAACAAAGUCUCCAAUGACACAGCAAAUCCAAGAAGUUGAAAAGCAAUGGAGGAAUUUGGAUAUAAAAAUCAAAGAGAAGACUGCUGAAAUCAAAGACACUUCUCAAAGAUGUAAACAAAAACAAGAUGCUAUGGAAAAGAAAGACAAACAAAUUGAAGAAAUUCAGCAAGCUUUGAGAAUAAAAAACGAUGAAGAAAUGGAUCGACAGAAGAGAAUACACAACGCUCGUAAGAUGAUAGAGGACUGGCAGAAUGAGCUCAACAGUACAGGAAACUCUGAGAAUCUUCAACCACAGAUUGAUUCGAUUAACAAUGAGCUGAGAGAGUUGCAAGAAGAAAAGGCAAAUAUUGAUGGUGAAAUGAGUGAUCUGCGAAGAGAGAGAGAGAACCUAGAGAGGGAAAAGAAAAGAGUAACUGAUCGCAUUGUACAAUUUAACAAUAUGAUGAAUCUGAAGGAAGAUAAGCUCAGAGGGAGAUACCGAGACACACACAAUGCUCUUCUGUGGCUAAGGGAGAACAAAGACCGAUUUAAAAGAAGUGUCUGUGAACCCAUGAUGCUUGCAAUAAACAUGAAAGACAAUAGACAUGCUAAAUAUGUUGAAAAUCACAUUUCAGCAAAUGAUAUGAGGGCCUUUGUUUUUGAAAGUCAAGAAGAUAUGGAAAUAUUUCUUCGGGAGGUGCGUGACCAUCAGAAAUUAAAAGUUAAUGCUGUAUGUGCACCCACUGUGUCAUGUGCUGAAAAUAGACCUUCAAGAUCAGUUGAAGAGUUGCACCAAUAUGGUGUUUUCUCUUAUUUGCGAGAGUUAUUUGAUGCUCCUCAUCCUGUGAUGAGUUACCUUUGUUCCCAGUAUCGUGUUCAUGAUGUCCCUGUGGGAACUGAGAAGACCAGAAGCAUGAUUGAAAGGGUCAUACAAGAAACCAAAUUUAAGCAAAUCUACACAGCAGAAGAAAGGUAUUCAGUGAGAGUGUCUGCUUAUACAAACCAAACUAUUUCUAGUAACACAUCCCUGAGACCAGCGCAGUUUCUCACUGUCACAGUAGAUGCAGAUGAAAGAAGGCAGUUGGAAAACCAACUAAAGGAUAUUAAUAGACUUCUCCAGUUACGAGAUUCUCAAUUGCAUACAUUAUAUGAGAGGCAGAAGGGUCUGGAACGCAAAGAUAAUGAGCUGAGACAGCAAAAGAAGGAACGUUUGGAGAGAAAAAACAAAAGGAAACAACUGGAAUCAAAAAUUAGUAUGAAACAUGAUAGUUUGAAACAGAUGGAGCAAGAUGCCAUCAAUCUAGAAGAGGAGUCUCAACAAACAAAUGCUAGGAUCAAAGAAAUUAAUGUCCAAAAAGCAAAACUUGUUACAGAAUUAAUGCAACUCAUAAAGAAUUGCAUAACACUGAACAUCCUCAAAGUGGAUUUGGUUCUUCAGAGCACUACAGUGAAUUCCAAGAAGAAUAGACUAGAAUCUGAUUAUAAAGCAGCAACUGUACAACUAAGAGCUUUAGAGCAACAAGUUUCUGACUUGGGUGAAAAAAAACGUGUUCUUUUGGAGAAGUGCAAGGGACUGAUGAGGAAAGCUAGACAUGCGUGUAAUCUCAGCCCUGAUCAAGAAAUUCCAAAAGACUUUCAGACUGCAUUCCAGGACCUUCCAAGCACAUUGGAUGAAAUUGAUGCUUUACUGAAUGAAGAGAAAUCAAGAGCCUCCUGCUUCACAGGCCUAAAUGCUUCAGUUGUUGAAGAAUAUAAUAGAAGGGCACAAGAAAUACAGCAAGUAACGGAAGAACUAGAGGAAAAGAAAAACGAAUUGGAGAGCUAUCGGCAAAACAUUUCACAGGUUAAAGAAAGGUGGCUAACACCUUUGAAACAGCUGGUUGAACAAAUUAAUGAAAAGUUCAGUAGUUUUUUUAGUUCUAUGCAGUGUGCUGGUGAAGUUGAUCUUCAUACAGAAAAUGAGGAGGAGUAUGACAAAUAUGGGAUUCGAAUUAGAGUUAAAUUCCGUAGUAAUACCCAACUGCAUGAACUGACUCCUCACCAUCAGAGUGGAGGUGAGAGAAGUGUUUCGACUAUGCUGUACUUGAUGGCUCUGCAGGAACUCAACAGAUGUCCUUUCAGGGUUGUAGAUGAAAUAAAUCAGGGAAUGGACCCAGUCAAUGAGAGGAGAGUUUUUGAAAUGGUUGUGAAGACUGCUUGUAAAGAGAGCACUUCUCAGUAUUUCUUUAUUACACCAAAGCUCCUGCAGAAUCUCACCUAUGCUGAAAAAAUGACAGUGUUGUUUGUCUACAAUGGACCUUUUAUGCUAGAACCAACCAAAUGGAACUUAAAGGCAUUCCGUAGGCGACGUCGACAAGUUGAGCAAAUGGAUCAGUAGUGAAUUCCAUAGAGUCUUUUGGAGCUACUGGUCUGUGAGACUGUAUUUAUGAAAACAGAGUGGUUGAAUCUGAGAGGGAAACCUGCAGAGAACUGACAAUGAAGAGCUGGGCUUCUUUUUUUAGAAACUUACCUUCAAAUAUAUGUAAUAUUUUCUUAGAUCUGUUCUAGACAUCUAUUCCUUCAAAGAAAAUCUCAUUUUUAACUCGCACUGGCUGUCUUAAUGGGAGGGCCCCUAGAAACCUGGAUCUUUUGCACUUUGCUAUAUCCAACAUACCACAUCAGGAAAUUUUAGCUGUCAGUUUAUUUCUUCCAAAUGAGUUACGUUUGGUCAAAUCCACUUUUGUUGAAGUUUUCUAAAGUUGUGAUGUAUAUUAGGUUAAUACAUUGCACAAUUAACUUGAAGAUAAAGUUACAGUGGAUAGCUUUGAAGUGGUUCUAUUGAAAUGGUAACUACAUGAGUGAGGCAGAAGGGUAUGUGAUGUCACCAGACUCUCAAUUAGUGUGGUGUAGUCUUGUAUCACAGUUUUUUCUUGUGGUGGUUAUUAAAUAUAAAAUAGCAUACACUAUGUAACUAGACGUUAUAGUAUUAUGUAUAUUAACAUUUCCCCUUAAACUCUAUUUCAGCAGGGUGGAGUGGAUUCCUAAUCCCAAAACCUUUACUCACACACCACACCCACACCACAACCUCUUCCCUUCCUCCCCCCUCCAUAUGGACAAAUACAAAUUUUAGCUUUUUAAACAAAAAUUGUACUUGGGCCAGUAGCCUUGUUUGUAUUUCUCUUCAAAAACAGUUGUGUUCUCUCUUCUGGAGAGCUACAAAAAGGAUAGCUUCUGGAAGUAACAUCAAGCUAAAUGUCAUUUGCUUUUGGUGGUGGGUAUGGAAAUUAUUCCUGUAGGUUUUUACACUUGAACUCAUCUAUUCUUAACAGCUCUAGUUUCUUUGGCAUGGUUUUGUACUCCCAGUGAAGGAUAGAUCUCUGAUGACAUAGCUGUUAAAUUUGCUGGCUUCUUGGUGGGGUUUUGGCCAUAUCUGUUUAAGUAUAAAUGUUUAAUAGUUACAGCUGUCAACAGUAAUUGUGAACUCCUGAAAUCGAAUAUGUCAGCUGGUUGAAAUUCUUCUCUGCCUAACUAAUCUGUGAUACAAAAUUGUAAAAGGUACAGAUUUGUAUAAAAUUGGAAGACUGCUGUCAGUUACCUUUUCCAACUAAUCUUUAGGAAAAUGAGCCAUUCCCAUAUGCUCUCUGAAAAUCUACAGCAAUAUGUAACAUCUUUAUUUUCACCACUGAAGGAGCCAUUUGAAGGAUGGUAUUAGUUUGACGGGCAUCUACUUAAUUUGCAAUGUGACAAAAGUCACAUUUUAGAAAUUAAAGCCUUAUUUAACAGGCCACUGUCAGGUCAAAUUUAGCCCUGGAUGUAGGUUUUGCAUAAAACUUUUAUAAAGCUAAAUGCCAAAGAAAAGGUUUUUUUCAGUAGCGUACUGUUUAAAACAGACAUCCUUUCCACUUAAGUGUUUGCAGUGUUGUCCUAAGCAAAUGAGAACCUGAAAAUGAAGCUCACAUAACUAUUUUAAUUCUCCCAAAUGAGAGCAAUGUAAAAAAAUUAAUAGCAUAAACAGCAAAACAUAAACUAGAUUCUGAAAAAUUCAGUUCUAAAAUGUCCAUAAUUUUUAAACAUAACACCUUUUGACUGGAGAGUCCCUUUUAAUAAGAAGGGUGGGACUGAGGGAGUUGGUAAAGGAAUAGAGAACUGUACACCUCUAGAUAACUGGCUUGAAUCCUGGUCAUUGUGGAUCAAAAGUAAUCAACAGACAUCAGCCCUAAUGUGAAAUGAAUUCUUGGAAUUAGUCAAUUCCUUGAGGACCAGUGUCCAUAUAAUAGAAAUCAUAUUUGGCAGAGGGACUGAAUGAGUAUGGAGACUCAUUAUGUGCAGUAUACUCCUGCAGUGGUAUAUGCAGGAAGCCUCCCAUUGACUUCAGUGGGGCUCUGUAUGGGCAUACGGUUCUGUCCGUGCACCUCAUCAGAAGAUCAGGCUUUUAAGCUUAACCUUUGGUCGUUACAAAUGGUCUGUCUCCCCAGGACUGAGUUGACUUUCCCCAAAUAUUGAAAUUACUUGGUUAAAAACAAAUGUGCAAUCUUGCUUACCCUUUGAAGAUCAUUGUAAGAGGGAUGCCAUUUCUACUCAGUGCCUGUGUGGAUUAAGCUGCACAUUGAGACGUUAUACAUACAUUAGGGUGACAGAAGCUGAAGGGCUUGAGGUUUAUUCUUUUAGGACUAUGGCAACAAUUGAUAGUCUGUAUUUGUGAUGUCUUAAUCUUAGAAAUCUGCAGGGCUUCUACUUGGAGUCCUGUUCUCACACUUACACAGCAUAUCCCUCAACUUGGCAUCUAGCUCUGUUUCUCAUUUUUGGAGAGCAGUUCUGCAAAACUUGUUCCAGAAGUUCACUGCCCAUCUUCCUGGGUAUUAGAAAGCAGCAUAAGUAAAGAAUAUGCAGAUGCUACCUACAAGAAGAAAGAUUAGUAAUAAUUGUGUCUUUUAGAUAGUGUUGUCUCUGUCUAUUCAGGCUAACCACCCAGCUUUCCCUCUUCUGAGUUCUAGCCUUGUGGGACUUGGUACCUGGUUAAGUGGAAGGAACUGAGGACUUUUGAGUGCUUUUGUAGCAUCUACUGGGAAUGUGCUUGUAUAGCCCAAAUCAAUAUUGAUUUCCAGAACAUUUCUAAAGCUCAAUGGUAGAGGGCAGGAGUAAAUGGGUGCAUACCACAAGUGAACAUUUGCAGAGUAACUCCUGAACAACUAAUUCCUGGUAUUUAUUCUUUCUAUUAUGGUUAGGAAUAUAGUCUGUCUAAAGCUGCAUUCUCUCUGGAAGGUUGGGUGUUUUUGGUCUCGCAGCCACACUUCACCAUUGAAACUAUCACUCAAAAUCUGAAAGAAAAAAAAAAGGCAAAACCCACCAUUGCCCUCCCACUACCUUUGCUUUAUAAUUUAUUUCAUUUAUACAAGUUUUAGCUGCAGAGGCAGUUACACUUCUAACCAUCUUCUUCCCUAUCCACCAGCAACCUUUUCGCCUCUCCCCUCCUGCUGACCAGCAACUUUAGGGACUGAAGUGCUGUGAAAACCUUUGCAAUUCAUUGUAAAUGUAGUUGUGUUUUUGGGGGUGGAGGGAUCAGAGAGGACAAAGAGAAUAUUAGAUAAAUAUAUUUGCAGGUAAUAUGUAGGCUUUGAUACUGCUUAAUAAAGUACCCCUCACAAACCCAGAAAUGGAAGGGAGUUCAAAUAGCCCUUCAUUUUUAACAGAAGAUGGAACUUACUUUCAAAAAAGAGUGCUGUUUAUUUUUUUCCAUUCAUUUCAAAUAGAAGUGGUGCUUGAGAUCCCCUUCCACCUUCGGGUUUUGGGAAGGUCAUUCCAUGUUUCGUCACUAGGGGACUGGAAACAGUAUUCCAUAGAGCUUUGUUACUUUGUUAUCUUACAGGGCAAGGAAGCAACGUUGGAGAAACAGAAAAAGAAUAAAAGCUUUCACAUAGAUUGUAUUCAAAAUUGGGUGAUUAUCCAGGAAACUCCUGGCAUAGGCUACUGGGCAUGGACAGCACUAAUGAAAUAAAAUACUCUAAAUUCUCCCAACUCACUCUUAAUUU